GUGUCCGGUGAUGACGUGUUUCCGGGUUGAGGCAUCCAUCCAAGCGAGGACCGAGAAGAGAGAACGGGAGUGUCACUGUUUAUUAAAGUUAAAUAAAUAAAAUAAAAAACAAACCAAAAGAACAACACCACCAAGGACAUCUUUUCUGACAACUCAGGUGUUUUCCUCCAGGUCAUCAUGGCGUCCGGCAGCUCAAGCACCGAGGAGGAGAGGAGCCUGCGGGAGUGUGAGCUCUACGUGCAGAAGCACAACAUCCAGCAGCUGCUGAAGGACUGCAUCGUGCAGCUGUGCACGUCCAGGCCGGAGCGACCCAUGGCCUUCCUCCGGGACUACUUCGAGAGGCUCGAGAAGGAGGAGGCCAAACAGAUUCUCAGCCAGCAGAAGUCCGGUUCUCGCUCCGAUUCCCGCGAGGACGAGAUUUCUCCUCCCAUGAACCCGGUGGUGAAAGGUCGCCGUCGCCGUGGCGCCAUCAGCGCAGAGGUUUACACCGAGGAGGACGCCGCAUCCUACGUCAGAAAAGUCAUUCCGAAAGACUACAAAACAAUGGCUGCUCUCGCUAAAGCGAUCGAGAAGAACGUGCUGUUCUCCCACCUCGAUGACAACGAGAGAAGCGAUAUAUUCGAUGCUAUGUUUCCUGUGAACUACAUCGCCGGAGAGACCGUCAUUCAGCAAGGCGACGAGGGCGACAACUUCUACGUGAUCGAUCAGGGUGAAAUGGACGUGUACGUGAACAACACGUGGGUGACGAGUAUCGGAGAAGGCGGCAGUUUCGGCGAGUUGGCGCUGAUUUACGGCACUCCGAGAGCGGCGACCGUUCGAGCCAAAACCAACGUCAAACUGUGGGGCAUCGACAGAGACAGCUACCGGAGAAUACUGAUGGGGAGCACUCUGAGGAAGAGGAAGAUGUACGAGGAAUUCCUGAGCAAGGUGUCCAUUUUGGAAUCCCUGGAUAAAUGGGAGAGGUUAACGGUGGCCGACGCUCUGGAGACGGUGCAGUUCGAGGACGGGCAGAAGAUCGUCGUCCAGGGCCAACCCGGAGACGAGUUUUUCAUCAUCCUCGAGGGAUCUGCAGCGGUGCUUCAGAGACGCUCCGAGAACGAAGAGUUUGUAGAAGUGGGCAGACUCGGCUCCUCCGAUUACUUCGGUGAGAUCGCGCUGCUGAUGAACCGUCCUCGCGCCGCCACCGUGGUCGCACGCAGCCCUCUGAAGUGCGUGAAGCUCGACCGUCCUCGGUUUGAGCGUGUGCUCGGACCCUGCUCCGACAUCCUGAAGAGGAACAUCCAGCAGUACAACAGCUUCGUCUCUCUCUCCGUUUGAAUCUCUCUCUCUCUCUCUCUCUCUCUCUCUCUCUCUCUCUUCUCUUUCACCUCCUCUGUUUAUCGCAGGGUCCAGCUACGCUUUAUUUUCUUACUUCUCUUGUGUACGUUUCGUUCGUGCUCGCCGUGUGUGUGUGUGUGUGUGUGUGCGCGCGUGCGUGCGUUGUCGAUUUAACCUCGUAUUCUCGAACGUAGAGAUGUAAAGUGAAGCUGCCGAAACAGGAAGUCGACCAGAAACUGCUCUCCUUAACAGUUAUUCUGUUCAUGUAAAUGUGACUAUUUAUUUCUCUGCAGCGUUCAGGGCGUGACGAGUCCCGAGACAAGGCUGCUCGGUACAUCCAUCCAUCCAUCCAUCCAUCCAUCCAUCCAUCCAUCCAUCUAUCCAUCCAUCUAUCCGUUCGUUUCUUUUUAACUUAUUGCGUUUUUUUUUUUUCUUUGUUCAGCCGUUCAAACCAUUUCAGAGUAUUUAGCAUCUGGCUUUAGUUCCACCGAGAUCACUUUCAUCUUUUUUUCACAUUCUUGUAGUGGUUCUUCAUAAGUUUCCCACAUGUGCGUGUGUGUUGUAGCUUAAUCUGAUAUUUUCAAACAAAACGUUGAAACAGGAAGUCAAAUAUUACAAAAAGAAAAAAAAAGACGGAGAGAGACUCCUCUUCUUUACAGAUGAGCCUGUUAACUCGUUUAUAGGUACAAUAGAUUUGUUUUAUUAUAUUUAAGCUUACUGUUACUAAAUCCUGGCGUUCCAUCCAGGGUGUAUUCCCGCCUCGAACCCAGUAUUCCCGGGACGAGCUCUGGAUCCGCCGUGAUCCUGACCAGGAUAACCGCUUUGCAAGCUAGGGCUGGGUGAUGUACCGAUAUCGUACUGAUCUCGUAACAUAUCGCGAUAUCGAUAUGAUGUGGUCAUAUCGCCCAGCCCUACUGCUCCGGUUACUUUUUGUUCCAAAGGGUUGCUUCUCUGACGAAGAACUCGAUGACGUUUAAAGUCUAAUAUCAAUCAGAUGAAACUUACAAGAGGUUACAAUAACCUAAAUGAAUGGGGGGGGGGGGAACCAAUUAAACAGACCAUCCAGCGAUUAUGAUAUAAUAUAAACGCCGGAAGAACAAAACCUUCAGGGAGAAAUUAUUCAAGACCCUUGUCUUUUACUGUUUUCUGUACUUUUUUUUUUUUUUUUCCUCCUUUUCAAAAUCAAUUCCUAAUGGCUGGGAAAAUCGUAAAAUAUCUGAGUUUUCAGGAAAUGUGAGUUUGUUUAAUCGUAAUGAAACCAAGCCCACCUUAAGGUCUUAAUUUUCUGUGUGUUGUCUUUUCCAAUCUUGAGUUUUGGGCUUCAGUGAAGGUCAGGAAUCGCCGAUUUCUCUCUCUUUUCGAAUGACGUGAUUUAUUUGGAAGUGUUAAGAGCGCGACGAAUCCCAAGACGAGGCUGUAAACUGUCUGUAAAUCUCAAGUUUGCGCCCUUUAGCAGUGUUUACAAUUCAUUUUGGGCUGGUGUGUGUGUGUGAGUGUGAGUCUUGUCGGUUCUGUUUGUUCUCUCGAGGGUACUGAAGUUGAAUCAUUAUACACUGUGUGUGUGUGUGUGUGUGUACUGUAGCGAUCCGCUUUGCUCCUUAUUGUUCUUUAUUGCACAUAUAUAGCAGAAGUAAAUGAUAGUAAAUCACCAUAACUGUAUUUUUUGCACACUUUGUUAUAUACUGAAAUUGAAAUAUUAAGAUUCUCUCUCUAAAUAUAUAUAUAUAUAAAUAUAUGUGGCGCUUAUUUUGCAUUAUUAUUGGUUUUUGUUUUGUUUUCUUUUGCUUGCUGUACUCUCCUGUCACUUCAACUGUAUAUCCAAGACCGCACCCUUUUCACUACGUAGUGCACUAUUUUUCUACAUCCAGCACACGAAAUCCCACAAUGGCCUGCAAUAGGUUAAACAAUCCAAAAUACCAAAUACCGUCAACAUCUACACAUGUGGCAUACGUAGUGUAGUGAAUGAAGUCUAGUUUGGGACACGCCCACGACGGACUAGUGGUGAGGUGUUUAUGUAGCGAGUGUGUAUUGCGACACGUCGACGGUAGACCGCUCGUUCUGUCGCGGUGGUUCCGAGGCGAAUAAGGUGUGGUUUGGAACAUGUCCGUAGUAGAUUAAUAUAGAGGAGGCCUCACUAGUGAAUAGGGGUGUGGGGUUUGGGACACCUCCAUAAUAGACUGAUCAGGGAGAGGUGUUCGUGGCAUCUCUCAAGCCUUGUAUAUUAAAUAGGGAGUGGUUCGGGACAUUUCCACAGCGGACUGAUGAUGCUUAGACAUUUUAGAUGGUGGUUAGUAAACUGGGUGUGGUUUGGGACACGCCCACAAUGACGUCUCUAUAGUGGAACGGAGGCAUUUCAGAUGUCUCAUUAGUGAAUAGGGUGUGGUUUGGGACACGUCCACAGCGGAAUAGUGAAGCGUUUGCGUACGGAAUAGGGGAUAAAUCUCCGUUUUUUUACCUCACGGUGCUUCUGUUCUUCAUAGCAGAGUUUCGUUUGGGUGCUGCGGGUUUGUUGUCGCGCGUUUCUCGAGUAACUGCUUUGGAUCAACGGAGCGAAGCGUCACGGAGUGAACUUUAGCACACGUGCGGUACUGUGUUUUUCUUUUUAAGGUCCUCGUAAUGUAAUUGUGUUUGGAUUAUAAACACUGUGGAGCAGAAAGCGAGCUCGUCGUUACCGUAACAGAAUAGCUUUUAUUUAGUAUGGUCUAUGGUCACUUCAUUUUAUAACAUGUUUAAAGUAGCAGUAUGUAACUUUUUUUUUUUUUUUUUUUUUUUUUCUAAAAAUGAAAUACGUAGUUCUUUCAAGUCGGCCUAAAAGUCUCAAAUAAAUUUAGAGCCGUCAGACGGGACUCUUACGUUGUAAACAACCAUGUGAACACCUCCAAAUUCCCAAUAGUUACAUACUGCAACUUUAAUACAGAAUGUUUAUAUAGCAAACAUUUUUGUAUAGUAUUAAACAGGACAGUGAAUUAUGGUUCUCCCAACAUCGUACUGUAUUUCUCAACACUGACUGAGGAAACUCAAGCUGAAAACGUGUGUGUGUGUGUGAGUGAGAGCUGCAAACCCAUAUAAGAGUCUCUUUACACUCGUGUCGGAUAAUUUUAGGUUGUGGAAGUGCCUGAUUUCUUUAUUUUCAAAAGUUCCUUUAGCUUGAGUGUCGCUUUUGAUAAACGCAAAUCUUUCAGUCUGUGGGUUUGAGCAUAGGAUUAAGUCUCAUAUCGCAAUAAUCGCCCCACGUCUUAUCACAGUUUUACAACGCAACAUGUUCUUGUUCGUCCCUUCAUCUUCUGCAAGUUCUUUAUGGUUGUCCGAGUCGCUUGGUUUUAAAUCCUUCAUUCGUUUAUAUCAUGCGAAAGAGAAUGAUUAGAAAACGUUCGUUAGAAAAUAUUGCAGGCGGGAACAAACGGUAAUAACUGCAGGGAAUUCCGGGAUUGGUCGAAAGUCUCGGCACGAAAGGGUGGGGAUUGUUCAAAGCUUCUGCAGGGGCAGGAUUGAAGUGCGGUCUUGUUCACGUCGCAUAACCACACGUUCACACUAGCAAACGCUAUUACAAAACGCAGUCAUGCCGUGGUAAAGCUACAAAUGCAGACGAUUGGCUCGAAGGAUUUUUAAACGAAAUCGGUGCGUACCGAUCGUAAAUGGGCCUCGGGACAAAAUGGUGGCUCCCGUUCACGAAUGAGCAUUUAAAAACGUAGCGACAUGACGUAAAGAUAUCGUGAACUGUGUUAAACAGCUACGCGAUUAUUGCGGUGUGAAAAUGUAACAUUGGCACUGUGUAUUAAUGAAACAGUUUUGUUUUUGUUUUGUUUUUUUUUUUAUGAUGAUGACUGACUUAUUUUAGUGUCACGCCAUGUGUUUUAUUUCAUGUAGUAUAAUACUGACUGAACAUCCUGGAUUUCCUACAUUUGUAAAAAAAAAAAAAAAAUUAAGCAGAACAUUGUGAAAAGAACCAGAUGUGAUUUUCUUACGUUGUUCCCUCACGUUGAUUUUCUGCAGUAUUUGAUUUUAGGAAACACUCGCGAGUUUGUGACGCGUUUAUAGUACAGAGUUAAAUGAUUUUCUGUGCAUCGCGUAGUGCUGCAACGACAUGCUGUUUAUUUCUGACGAUGAUGAAGAAACGUCCACGGCUCCCUCUGUAAGUGGCCAUAUUGGUCCCCUUAACCACCAGAACACACCUCCCCUUGUGCAUUAGUCAUUCCCAUGUAUUCUUUUCAGAGCUAUAGUAUGGAUAAAAGCUGAUAUGAUGUGAUCAUGGCUGAGUGUCCAUCUGCGCUGCUCUUGAGCUUUGCUGAGGACCAUUUUCUCUUCUCUGUUUCAGUGAUGUAUACAGAUCUUUUUUUUUCUUUCUUUUUUUUCUUUCCAUCCCUUCUUAUCGUGCUGAUGUUGUAACCCUUUUUGGUAUCGAUCAUCCCAAUGGCAGGCCAAGCAAUAAAAAAAAAAUUCUUAAA